ACGGUCAAAUACAUCAGCAAAAGGCAUGGAACAGAACUUGUUUUAGCAGCCCUCGCAGGGUGGCUGGAGAGCAGGCUUGCUCCGGACUGCUCGUUUUGGGUUGUGUUUGUCAUCGUAGAUUUGAAACGAGAUCCGAGAUGAGAUAAUCUCGCACACUGCAGCGACUGCGUCCUCGAUUGACGGACGCGUUUACGGACCAUUUGGAGGGAAAAACAAAAAAACAGCAGUUUUCGGGGGGUUACUUUGUCCACGAACGCCGAGCAAGGAUGCAAGUUAUCUUUAAGUUGAAUUUCUUCAAGUGAGCUUUUUUUCGCGGAGCUCUUUUAAACGGGAGACAAGACACUUGAAGUGGACAUGGAAGACGUGCGAUGUUCACACGCGUCACGUUAAAAGGAGCUCCGAUAACAGGAUGGACGGCUCUCUUGGCUUCACAUUGGUACUGGUCGGCCUGUUGCUGUUGACGUCUGCUCGCCACGCAGAUUCCGAGGAUGACGGGAAGCUGCUAUGCAUGUGCGAGAACGCCAAAGGCACAUGCGUGAACGACACCUGCAGAGGUGACGUCUGCUUCUACACGUGGGUGCAAGGCCAUGAGGAGAAAGGUUGCUUCUCCAACCAUGACUACAGGGAGCAGUGCUUCACCUCCUUUGAGCGUUUCCAUGUCUACUGCUGCCGGGAGAGCCGCUGCAACGCCGCUGCGACGCCGCCUCCAAACAUCAAUGGCGAGACGAGCACAGUGGCGCCGCUGCAGCCCCGCCCGGAGCUGUGGAUCGCGGCGGCUCUGCUACUCUUCGUCACGGCCGCGGGCUUGUGCGGCCUGCUGAUCUUUUUGCGCUUGCGCCGUGCGCACGUCCGCCUCAAAAAUGCAGACGAGCACGACAUCAGCAUGCUGAAGGUCCCCAACGGGGAAGAUCCCACUUACGGGGGUAUUUAUGAUGAGUUCUGCACAUCGGGAAGCGGGACCGGCCUGCCCUAUCUGGUCCAAAGGACAAUGGCCAGGCAGAUCUCGCUUGUGGAAUGUGUUGGCAAAGGCCGGUACGGGGAGGUGUGGAGGGGAACUUGGAUGGGGGAGAGCGUCGCCGUCAAGAUCUUCUCCUCCCGAGACGAGCAGUCCUGGUUCCGAGAGACGGAGAUCUACAAUACCGUGCAGCUUCGGCACGACAACAUCUUGGGUGCUGCGCUCGAUUUCAUUGCGGCGCGUCGGGCCAAAAGGCCGAUGCUAAAAGCGAGCCGCGGUCCGUUUCCCGCUUCAGGUUUCAUCGCCUCCGACAUGACGUCCAAGAAUUCCAGCACCCAGCUGUGGCUGGUCACCCAUUUUCACGAGCUGGGUUCGCUCUACGACUUCCUGCAGUACGGCGGCUUGGAGCCCGAGAGCUGCCUGAAGAUGUGCCUGUCGGUGGCGUGCGGCCUGGUCCACCUCCACACCGAGAUCGUCAGCUCGCAGGGCAAACCCGCCAUCGCCCACCGAGAUUUGAAGAGCAGAAACAUCCUGGUGAAGAGAAACGGCCAGUGCUGCAUCGCCGACCUGGGUCUUGCUGUGAUCCACUCCCAGUCCAACGACUACUUGGAUGUGGGCCACAACCCUCGCGUGGGGACCAAACGCUACAUGGCACCCGAGGUGCUGGACGAGAGCAUUCGAAUGGACAUCUUUGAGUCCUACAAGCAAACGGACAUCUGGGCCCUGGCUUUGGUCUUCUGGGAAAUUUCCUGCAGAACCACCGUCAAUGGGAUUGUGGAAGAGUACCGUCCUCCCUUCUUUGACCUGGUGCCCUCCGAUCCCAGCUUUGAAGAGAUGAAGAAAGUGGUGUGCGUGGACCAGCAGAGGCCCAGCUUGCACAACCGGCUGCACUCCCACCCGAUCAUGUCGUCCAUCGUGAAGAUCAUGAAGGAGUGUUGGUUCCAGAACGCACCGGCCCGCCUCACAGCACUACGUGUGAAGAAGACCCUCUCCAAACUGGACCUGCCCGCUGACUUCAGCAUCAAGAAACUCAAACAGGAUUUCUAGACUUGAAGAAGGUUGACGGGAUUUUCUGGGCUACUUUGCUAUUGGCACGGUGGCGAAUAUCAUUUGUGUAUUUUCACUUGAUGACUCACUUACUGCAUUUUAUUUACACAAUAGCCCUUUUUUUUUUUUUUUUUGCAGUAGUGUCUAGACUGUCUUGCGCCGAAGGCUAUUUAUCUUCCCCCUGACCAGUUUCCAAAAAAAUCCAAAGAAGAGAAACAGAAAAAGACUUUUGCAAUGAAUAAGAAUAAUAACGCUUCACAUAGCAGCAGCACAAUGCUUGUUCUGUAAGCACUUUUUCACUUUUUUAGCUGGAUGAAUGUCGUUGUGAGUAUACGGCAUACAAAACACAAAUACUGAUCAAAAUUACUUUUCUCCAACUGUAUCAUUUACAUCUGUUAUGUAUUUCGAAUUAAACUUUUUUUCUAUUCAA